ACUAGCAAUAGGGACGGGACGUAAGGGCAGCUGCCACCGGGGAGCUUGCGCAGUGAAGCCGCCCGCCCUUUCCGCCCUGCCCGCCUCCCCUCUGGCCCCGAUGGCGGCGGGCGGCCCCGAGGCGGCCCAGCAGCAAAUUGAUGAAAUUGAAGCCCUGUCAUCCAUAUAUGGUGAAGACUGGUGUGUGGUUGAUGAAGAUGAAAAAAUCUAUUGCAUUAAGAUUAGUGACUGUCUGGACCAGCCAAAGUGGACGCUCUGUCUGCAGGUGAUUUUGCCUCCAGGAUAUCCAACUGCAGAGCCACCUAUUUAUCAGCUAAAUGCUCCUUGGCUUCGAGGAGAGGAGUACACAGAACUAGCAAAUAGCUUGGAAGAAAUAUAUAUACAGAACCUUGGUGAAAGUAUUCUUUAUUUAUGGGUGGAGAAGAUACGGGAAGUUCUGGUAGAAAAGGCACAGUCAGCAGAUCCAGAACCAGAUAUUAAGAAAACCAGUGAAGAAGUUGACGAAGAUAAUGGAGAUGAUUUUCUCAUAGACUAUCAGCCUGUUCAGGAAGAUCCAGUUAAAUUGUUAAAUUAUAUCACCUCUGAAAGUCAAGAAGUAGAUGAAGAGCUGCCAUCCAUACAUCAUGGAAACCCACUCACAGAUAGAAGGAGUACUUUCCAGGCACAUCUGGCUCCUGUGGUGACAACCAGACAAGUAAAGAGAGUUCUUGAAAAAUUAUAUGAGAAUAAGAAAAUUGCAAGUGCCACCCACAACAUAUAUGCAUACAGAAUAUACUGCGAAGAUAAGCAGACAUUCUUACAAGACUGUGAAGAUGAUGGGGAAACAGCAGCAGGUGGACGUCUUCUUCAUCUUAUGCAGGUGAUUGCUUACUCAGAAGUCAGAGAACAGACUGUUGUAUACAUGUAAUGAAUUGGAUUUUCCAAGUCUUGGAUCAUAAAGAUUCCUAUGCUUCCUAUAUGGUGUAAGAUGGAUAGAAAAUGAAGACUGGAAUGAGCUGAUUGACACAACCUUUACUUCAAUUUCCUUGAAUAUUUGUAACAUAAAAAGACACUUCUAUUUGAACUUGCAGAGUAAAGCUUCAAAUGCAAAAGGGAAUGGGAGUGAAGCAGUUAAGUUGUUCUAACCAUUGUAUGUAUUUCUUUGUGCUGUUUCCAGGUCUGACUCUUUAGCCCUCGUAUUUGCAUAUAUUUUAGUUUUCAGAUGUGGAACUAAUAUUCCCUCUACAAAGUUACUACUAAAUGUACAUUGAUAAAUUUUGAUUAGCUGGCAUGAUAGAGCCCCUUGUAAAGCCAUAAGUAAAAUACCAUAACUACAGGGAACAGCUGGAUACAGUUUAUGCCUCAAGUCACUUAACUAUAUCAGAACACUAA